AUGUUUGCGCCAAAGACAUAUGCGCAUGUCCUAGCGACUGCAACUCCACAACAAUCUCACCCUCAGACACGCAGUAAUACUCGUCGUUCUGCUGGUGGAAAUUGUGCUGCUCUCGGUGUUCUCCCUAAUAAUAGAAAUCCUGCUGCUGGGAAUCGUGCAACUCCGCCAAAUCCUGGAAAUCCUGCUGUUCCACCUAAUCCUGGAAAUCCUGCUGGUCCUGGUCUACAUGAGAAUCCUGGUGAUGGAAACCGUGCUGCUCUGCCUAAUCUUGGAAAUCCUGCUGCUCCACCUAAUCCUGGAAAUCCUGCUGGUCCUGGUCUACAUGAGAACCCUGGUGAUGGAAACCGUGCUGCUCUGCCUAAUCUUGGAAAUCCUGCUGCUCCACCUAAUCCUGGAAAUCCUGCUGGUCCUGGUCUACAUGAGAACCCUGGGGAUGGAAACCGUGCUGCUCUGCCUAAUCUUGGAAAUCCUGCUGCUCCACCUAAUCCUGGAAAUCCUGCUGGCCCUGGUCUACAUGAGAAUUUUGGUAAUGGAAACCGUGCUGCUCCGCCUAAUCCUGAAAAUCCUGCUAAUGGAAAUUGUGUUGCUCUUGGUGCCUCAACAAGUCUGUUAACUACAGACAAAAAAUUGAAAAAUAUCCAAAAGUACAAUCGACAACUGCAAAACAAAGUCAAGCGGCUUAUGCAAAACAACCUACAGCAUGGUAUGAAUGGAUCAAAGGUAAAGUCAGUCGCACCACAGCCAGUGGCACCACCGUCAGUCGUGCCAGAGUCAGUCGCGUUACAGUCGUCCGUACCGCCGUCAUUUGUGUCACAACCCGUCGCGUCACAGUCAUUUGUGUCACAACCCGUCGCGUCACAGUCAUUUGUGCCACAGCGCGACGUGUCUCAGUCAUUUGUGCCACAGCUCGUCGCGUCACAGUCAUUUGUACCCCAAUCCGCCGUGUCUCAGUCAUUUGUGUCACAACCCGUCGCGUCACAUUCAUUUGUCCCCCAGUCCGCCGUGUCUCAGUCAUUUAUGCCACAGCUCGUCGCGUCACAGUCAUUCGUACCCCAGUCCGCCGUGUCUCAGUCAUUUAUGCCACAUCCCGUCACGUCACAGUCAUUCGUACCCCAGUCCGCCGUGCCUCAGUCAUUUAUGCCACAUCCCGUCGCGUCACAGUCAUUUGUCCCCCACUCCGUCGUAUCUCAAUCAUUUGUGCCACAGCCCCUCGCGUCACAGUCAUUUGUACCCCAGUCUGUCGCGACACAGUUGUUUGUACCACAAUAUUUUAUUGGUCAACAAAUGCUGCCUAAUACAGUAACACCGCAGUUAAUUCAGCGCAAUAUUAACAACUCUACUGAUCCGCAUCAAGCGCUCCAAGUUCCAGGAGUACAAUUAUCGGAGCCAACUCGCGAGCAACUUUUGCACCAGUUGAUUCAACAGCUGUUUUAA